AUGGCUGCCCGCGGCGCUGGGGCUGCGUUGGGCCGGGCCGCGGCCCUGCUGGGGCUGGGGUUGCUGCUGCUCUGGGCGGGCCCGGCUGGCGCCCGCGUCCAUCACCUCACCCUCAAAGAUGAUGUGAGGCAGAAAGUGCACCUCAAUACCUUUGGCUUCUUCAAGAAUGGUUUCAUGAAAGUCAAUGUCAGCAACCUUUCCCUCAAGCCCCCUGUGGGCUCUGAUGACAGCAGCAACUUACUGGUGGGGUUCAGCUUGGAUCGAACAAAGAACGAUGGUUUCUCCACCUACCUGGAUGAAGAAGUAGAUUACUGUAUCCUGAAAAAGAAACCAGAGCAAGAUGCCUCUGUUGUGAUCUUACUUCUGGACUUCAAAACUAAAGUGGUGACUGUGCGGUUCUCUGCCAAAGCUGCUGCUCUCUUACCUACAAUUUCCUUCAUCUCGGAGGGGAACAUCACUGCCUCGAGCACCAAAGCCCUCAGAACCUCGGAGCAGAGCAGUCAGCCUGAGAAAAGUCCUCCCAAGACCAACUCAGAUGCAGACAGGAGAGAUAAGAGGUCCAAGCGAAGCACAACAUCCCCCCAGAGCUUGAUAGAGCAAGAACAUCCUGUUCACAGUGACAGAGGCACCUUUGCAUUCCAGUUCUUCUUUAACAUCAGCUCUGACUCACAAGAAGGUCUGUACAGCCUCUAUUUCCACAAGUGUGCUGGUGGUGAUGGCUCCACGAAGGACCAGAGGCUCUUCAGCCUGGAUAUAGAGAUCACAGAAAAGAACCCUGAAAGCUACCUCUCAGCAGGGGAGAUCCCACUGCCCAAGCUCUACAUCUCCAUGGCUCUCUUCUUCUUCCUCUCUGGGACUCUAUGGAUCCACAUCCUUCGGAAGCGCAGCAAUGAUGUCUUUAAGAUCCACUGGCUGAUGGCAGCUCUGCCCUUCACAAAGUCUCUCUCCUUAGUCUUCCAUGCGAUCGACUACCACUACAUCUCCUCUCAGGGAUUUCCCAUUGAAGGCUGGGCUGUUGUUUAUUACAUCACUCACCUGCUGAAGGGUGCUCUCCUCUUCAUCACCAUCGCCCUCAUUGGCACAGGCUGGGCCUUCAUUAAACACAUCCUGUCAGACAAGGACAAAAAGAUCUUCAUGAUUGUCAUCCCACUUCAGGUGCUGGCCAACGUGGCCUACAUCAUCAUCGAGUCCACAGAGGAGGGCACGACCGAGUAUGGGCUGUGGAAGGAGAUCCUCUUCCUGGUGGACUUGCUGUGCUGUGGAGCCAUCCUCUUUCCAGUGGUAUGGUCAAUCAGACACUUACAGGAGGCUUCAGCAACAGAUGGGAAAGCUGCCAUCAACCUGGCAAAGCUGAAGCUCUUCAGGCAUUACUAUGUCAUGAUCGUGUGUUACAUCUACUUCACACGGAUCAUUGCCAUCCUCAUCAAGAUUGCUGUGCCCUUCCAGUGGAAAUGGCUCUACCAGCUGCUGGAUGAAAUGGCCACCUGGGUGUUCUUCGUCCUCACUGGCUACAAGUUCCGCCCAGCCUGCGACAACCCUUACCUGCAGCUGUCCCAGGAGGAUGAGGAUGACCUGGAGAUGGAAGCUGUGGUGACAACUUCUGGAGUCAUGGAGGGCAUGAAGAAGGUCAAGAAGGUGGUGAAUGGUUCAGCAGAGCCCCAGGGCGAGUGGGAGAGCACAGCGUGACCCCACGGCCCGGGCAGCACUUUCAGACAGACUUUGGUUUUUAAUUUAUUGAUACUCC